AUGGAGUCCGUGACCGCGAUUGGAAAUAGCCGGCCGGACAUGGACGGUUUCCGGAAGAAGUACGGUCCGAAGUCAACAGACUCUCUGACGUUUUCUAUCGCCCGCAUCAUGGAACCGGACGUCGUAGUCCGGAGACAACCCACCGCGGCGGGCCCGACGGCCGACUAUUUCCACGCACUUCAAUCCGCAUUCAAGAAAUACGUCCCAGCCGCUUUCCGAGGGUCAGCCAACGGCGUUCAUCAUCAUCACUCUCAGCACCACCACCAGCAGCAGCAGCACCACCAGCAGCAGCACCAUCACCAGCAGCAGCCCACCGCCGUCAACGAAGUCCUCGUGACCUAUCCACCGGCCGCCCCGACGAAACUGCAGCAGUUUCACUAUCAGCACCAUCAGCACCAGCAGCUUACUGCCAACGCCUCUUCCAGGCUGCCGUGCGUUUCGCGUCCCGAAAGGAACCGUCACCAUGUCCGACUUCUGCCCCCAGUGCCGGCGCAUCCAUCCGUACUGCCUCCACCACCUACGCCGCCAACUACGUCGCCGCUGCCACAGCUACCUCCGAUUUCAUCGCCAGCGCCCCGACCCGUCGGUACCGCAGCAAAGCCGAGCAGGCCACCGUCCAAAGAACCGUCACCGGUCGCAGCCACUGCCACCACUGCAGCAACUGUCUCCACCAGCGGCGCCCCAGCCAAGACAUUCACUUGUAACCAUUGCGGAAAAGUGUUCUAUGCACAUUACAACCUGACCAGACACAUGCCCGUGCACACGGGAGCCCGGCCGUUCAUCUGCAAGGUACGUCAGUGUCUAUAUAGCUUUGAUAAAAAUAUCAAAAUACAUUAUUAAGUAAUUACACUUAACAUUAUAUAAAUUAAGGAACUGACUGACUGAAAUUACUUUCUUUCUUUUUAUUUAAAAAAUAACCGUUUAUUAAAGACAAGUAUUAUUUAAAAUAGGUGAAACAAAAAGAUAUAUACAAAUUGGAAAAAAUGUUUCUUGAAAUUAUUAUUUAGACAAUUAUAAAAUGUGUUGGUCCUAAAUUAUCAACAUGCUCUAUAACAUUUAGAUCAUACAUUAUGACCAAAUAUUUACGAUAAUUUUGUAACUUAUGUAUUCUAUUGUGUUUCGAUUAAAUAAUGACAAGAGCCCUUUUUUGUCACAUUUUGGGUCUAGAUGCAUACAAAGAAAGUCAUUUUUCGAUUUUCUAAGGUGAUUUCAUAAUAAUUAGGAAAAAACUUAGAGCGAAAACUGACAUAUUUUUGGAGUUAAAAUUUCAUUAUUUUAAAUUUUUACGCUUUUGGUUUUCUUCCAGAAAUAUUUCUCCAACAGAAAAACAACAAUUAACAAGAUCGAUUUUAUUCCUUUUAACACAUAGCCACUGACAAAGACAGUUAUUGUUUGAUAUCUAAAUUAUUUUUCAUAAUAAUUUUAAAAAACCAACUACGUUUUUUUUUCAAAUUACGGCACAAAGAAACUCAAAUUUUCUAGAUUAUACUUUAAAGAGAUCCUUUUUUGAUUUUCGACGCCAUUUUUUAAAUUGAAGCACUUAAGUGGGAAAAAACUUAGGAAAACGUAUUUCAUGAUUUCAUUAUUUUAUAAAAAUACGGACGACGUUUUCUAACAGAAAAAAUGAUUUAAUCGAAAUACACAAGACGCCUUUUUGAUUUACUUUCUUACGGUAUCAUCGCCAAAACUUUUGAUCCACUUUUAAGCUUUUAAUGAAUUUUAAUUUUCGGGAGUUUUUUGCUGUAAUUCGAAUAUAAACACACGUAGAGACUUGAAACUUGGUAAUAAUACUUUUUUGGACUUACCUAGACGAGGUCGAAUUUCCAAAAUCAUCGGACGACUCUUUUUUUUUUUUUAAUAAGCGUUUUGAAAUCAAAUUUAAACGAAAAUCGAUUCUGAGCGGAGUUCAGUUGAUAGUGUCGGCAAUAUAUAUGUCAUAUUAUAGUAAAAUAAUUAAGCAGGCAUUAUAUAUUUUACUAAUAUAUAAUUACGACACUUCAAAUUAUAUAUUAUCGAACUGCGCUCGAAAUCGUCUUUCGUCGAGCAAUGGUUUAUCGUUGCUUACAGAUAUAAAUUAAAUAACCUUAUGUAUCCUACCUUCCCAACUUCUUAUCCACAACAGUGGCCACUUCCAUCCCCAGUAUCAGCUCUUUUUUUUAUUUUAAACCAGCAUACACAUUUAAACCAGAAGUGAACAAAUUAUUUUUAUUAAAUAAAAAAAGUAAAAAUUGUUUAUCCACUUGUAUUUUAAAAAUAAGUCACGUUUAUAUCCAAAUAAUUUCCUUUUUAAUAGGGUUUUUAAUUUAAUUUAAUUAUUUUACUAAAAAAUACCUAAAAUCAAGGGUAGAUUCUGAAUUUUAAUAGGUCCGGGAGAAUUUCGUUUUACCAACCCAAUUAAUUUGUUUUAUAAAUCUGUGGACACGAAACAUUUAACCAUUUUAUCAUAGUUCGUCAGGCAAUCACAUUAUUAUCUUAAAUCGUGAUCAUUUUUCUCUUCAUUAUUAAAGACUAUCUAAAAAUUUUGUUUGAAUAGCGAAACUAAAUAUUAAUUAUUAAACAAAAAUUAAAAAUGUAUCAACUUGUAUCAUUAAAAAUUGUUAAUUGGGCUAAUGUACUCACUACACACCUUCUAUAAGUUUUGACGUUGGAUACUAUACGAGUUGAAUAAAAAAAAAUCCAUUGUAGGGCUAUCACUUUGUUUCACACCUCCCUCCUUUUCUCCAAAUCCACCAGGCCCAUUAGGGGCAUAUUAUUCAAUGAUUCAUAUUUGAAAAUGUGUAUUCUAGGAUUAUAUUUUCAAAGCAAUCGAAACCAUGAUUUUCGAUAAUCAAAAUAUUAUCAGUGAUAAUUAUCACUAAAGGGCUAAUUUUUCAAUGAAAUAAUAAUUUAUUUGGCUGACAACAUUUGUUUACGGGUCACAGAUUGUUGGAUAGUUAAUAUUUCAUUUUUUGUUUUAUUUUUUUAUUUUUGUAAGGUCUUGUAUUUAAUAUAUGUUCUUUUAUUCUCUUUAUUCUCCAAUAUCUUUCUGGUGGCUUCCACUAAUAAAGAAUCAAAAAUAAUCGAUACCUUUAAAAUAAUAAAAUAUAUAAAUAACAAUAGAUAAUAAACCAACUUCGUUAACAAAUUUGUUCUUUUAAAAUUGUUUUAUAAAUAUUUUACUCAACUACAGUUCAUUUAUCAAUAUAGCAUCUGCAAAAUUAAAAGUUAAUGUACUUUAGUUAACAAUAACAAAUUGACGCAUAGAUAUUUCAUUGGAUUUUGAAGAAACUACCAAGGAUAAUACUUUACUUAAUAACUUCACAUAAUUAGAUUAUGCAUGUUCAUAAAGGUGUAUAAUUAUUAAUUAUUAAUUAAUAAUAUUUAUUACGUAUCUUUCUUUUAAUAGAUUACCCAGCAGUAGUUUUUAGUACAAUCAUGUAUGGAGUUGGGUACUCUCGAAUUACCUCCCAAAUUUAGGUAGGUGACCUUUUUUCACUCGAAUUGCCUCUUAUAGUAUACCUAGAUUAUUAAUUAAUAUAUCGAUAGUUGACGUGCAGAAACGGAUUUAUACAAUUGCCGCCCCUAGGCAAAUUUUAUUUUGCCAGCCCAUUAAACCUAUUAAUGAGAAAACGAAUUUUUAAGUACAUAUUCAACAUAACUACUAAAAAAAAUAAAUCUUAUAAACUGUUCUAAUCAAACAAAUAUUAUGUUUACUCAUCAAUAACAUCCGAAUAUUAAGUCUAUCCGCCUUAAAAGUUAUGUUGAAAAUAAUCGAAUGUCUAAUCAGUAUAAACACAUGGAUAAUACCUAUUCUCUAUUCGUCCGCCCUCUAUUUCAUAGUCAAGAAGAAAAAUAUUAUUACAAUUUUAUCAUUCUGAUAGAAAAAAGUUUUAUCUUUGUAUACGUAGUGUGUAAUAACCAACACUUGAUAAAUAUGCAUAAAAUUAAAUUAACUUUUGGAAUAUGAAAAUGUAUUACUAUUAACUAUAUGUAGGUAGUUUCCUUCAAUUGUAAAGAUUAAAAAUUACCUUACAAAAUCUAAAAAAAAAACUAGUAUCCUCAAUAAAAUAUUGGCGUAAAAUUACCGCCCCUAAAAAUUUGCCGUCAUAAGUAACUGCCUACUUUGCCUAACGCUAAAUCCACCACUGUUAACGUGUACUAUCGAUUAUUACAUUGAUUUCCGUAACGUUCACAAUAUUAUUUUUAUUAUUUAUAAUAAUAUAUAAAUAUUAUAGUAGUUUUCAGACAGAAUAAUUUCUCGAAUCCAAUAAUCUUAUUAAUUACUGAUUAUCAGUAGAUAAGUAAGUUGACUAUCAAAAUAUUUUUUUUAUUGAUUUUUAAUACACGCGAUUUUGAUACGAUUUAUAUCGAUUUAGUAUUUGCUUUUUUGACAUCGACUUAUUACCUAAUACCGUGUACUAAUAUCUAAUGAUAUGUAUACUAAUCUUGUGUACCUAACACCGAUGUAUAAUUGUUUUUAGUUUUAAAAAAAAUUAGAAUAGAAAUAAAUUCCGAUAUAAGGUUACUACCUAAAUUAGGACGCAGUUCGAGUGAAUGAUAUUUUUGAAAUCAGGAGGCUUCUCAAGGGUAAGGUGGGAGGAAAUUCGUGUGAGCCCACGGAGUUAGUGUACGUAUCAGGCAUAAGCUCUUCAGCUGACACCUUACAUAAUAGGCAAUGAUUUUUGUAAUUUAAAUUACGACUAACCAAUAAAAUGAUCCUCUUGCGCCAUGUAUAUUCUCAAAUUCGCAAACAUAUUAAAUGCUAAUUGUAAAUUUUUGUUGGUAAAAUGCAUUAACAUAAUAUGUACAUCGUCGUCCACCAUUAUUAAAUAUCCGUAACUCGUAAAUUACAAAAAGGUACUUAGAGAAAGAAAACAAUAAUAAACAAAAAAUUAAGUCGUUUCGAUAGACCCUUAGAAUCUAAACUUAAACAUUACAUUUCGAAUCGGUCGGUUUCAACAAUGAAUAUUAUAAUAUUGGUAUUACAUGAUAUUAUACCUGUAUUUGAACGCUUUAUGCAGACAACCCAACGUUACAAAUAUUGUUUAAAACAAAAAAAAUCUUAUUAGAUAGAGAACGAACAAAUAAUAAAAAUAAAGCCUUUCCUAACGGUAUUAAUAUUAAUAACAAAAUACCGAUAUUUUAUGUAACCGUCACGGCACAACGAAACACUCAUUGUCGCAAACGACCAAACAAAGGGUAUGUAAGUAAAGCGUAGGAAGAGGUAUAUACACACGUGCAUUUUUACAAUACACCCUUGACACUAAAAAGCCAAACCAAAUUAGUGGAUUAAUACUUUAACGACUAUAUACACGAUAAGUUGAGGAUACUGCGGUUCCCGUCAUCUCUUUUAUUCCUUAUUCUGCAGGUCUUCGAGUGCUCUCUAAUGACGUUUGCAUGGCUACUGACACGAAAUGCGGUCCGUAUACCUACAUACUGCUGGUUAUUGAGUUAAAAUAUUUCAAAAAAAAAAAUAAUAAUAAUAAAUAAAUAAAAAACCGUCUCAAAAGAAAAAAGGCAUAAUAUCACGACAUUGUCUUGAGUACCUGUAUGUGAAUAGAAUUCUUAUCGGUAUAAUAAUAAUAGUCUCAGAAGUCCUUUGUACUUCUACCUGCUUGAACUGUAGUCUUGCGUUUGGUCGUGAUUUAUUUUGAAAAAAAUAAUAUAUCGUAUAAGAUUGUUUUAUUUUUAUAAUAUUACCGAACGGUUCAGUUAAAAAAUGUCUAGCUUUAAAAACUCGCUUUCGUUUCCAUUUUGUUGUGCUUAUUCGUGUGGGAAACAGUAUCACAGAAACGUAAAAUUUCGCUAUUUUAAUAACGUGGCAUACUAACGUGGUAAAAUACUAUAAUAUUUUCAAAUUAUUAUUGUUUUUUCAUGUUAUUUGUUUGUCUGAAAUUUUAAAGAAACUUUUUGAUUUGAAUCCAUACAAUUUUUUCGCCAGGUAAAAUGAACACAAUAUUCGAUAUUUGAAAGAACAUUUUUAUUAAUUUUUCUUAUUUAGUUAGUAAGUAAAAGAAUCGUUUUUUUCUUUUUAGUUUUUUAAAUAAGUGAGCAAAACCAAAAAAAUGCGUAAAAAGAACGGAAAAAUUUACGAAAAUAAUACUUUUAUUAUUUUCAAUUGUUACUUAUUGUAAUUCAAUAAAAAUAUUUGUAGAGACUUGAAAUUUGGACGACUGACUUAGUUUCAAAAUUAUAGCUUUUUGAAGUUUUGAUAUUAUGCGAAUAUAUUAUGUGUUAUGUUAAAAUAUUAUAUAAUUACUUUAUUGUAGUAUAUAUGUCAUAGUCUAGUGUUAUACUGACAUUUUGUCAUCCCAGAGAUCGCAAAUUCAAACAUAAUUUACGAAAACAAAUGCAUUUUGAUCUUUGGGUGCACCUAGAGACCCAAACCGUCGCUCGCUCGGACUAUUUUAAUUAAAAAGUACCCCUCGAUAUGUUGUGCAAACUUUUAUACCAGAAAUCUUGCUCCAAUAUAUCAAUUGUAGCAUCUUUUCUGAAAGGUAACUUUAUUUACACAAUAUUUUAAGAAGGUCAUUUUUUGAAUUUUCCAAGCGGUUUUCGUAAUAAUUAGGAAAAACUGUGGUAAACUGUCGGAAAAAAAGGAAAAUAACGAUUAAUAAUUUAUUAUUAAAAUUAAUAAUUUUAGAAUUCAGAAUCGUUUUUCGUUAGCAAUGGUUUAUCGUUGCAUACAGCUAUAAAUUAAAUAAAUUUAUGUAUCUUACUUUCCCAACUUCCUACCUACAAAAGUUGCUGCACAGGUCCAGUAUCAGCUGUUUUAGAUUCUUAGCGGAGCGAAAAAUGUAUUGGUGAUACAAUGAUGUUUAUUAUCUUAUUUUAUUUUUUUUAUUUAUGGACAACUUUUCUACUAGAAGACUUGUUCCGAUUUUUACAUGUAGCACCUUUUCUGAAAGGAAAUCGGUAUGAGGGAUACUUUAAGGAGGUCAUUUUUUGAUUUUAUCUGGACUUUUCCCAGCAUAUAUGAAAAACUGGGAAAAACGUAGGAAAACCGGGAAAAUCGGUACAACAUUAAACAAAUAUUAUUAAAAAAAAAAAUAUAGAGCCUAUUUAAUUAAUUUAUUAUAAUGUGGCAUAUAUAUUGUUGAUAAAGCAUCACUAUCAACUGAACUCCACUCAGAAUCGUUUUUUCGUAAGCAAUUACCUUUAUCAGUGGCUGCACCCGUCCUCAUUAUCCUAGGACGCCUUAUUUUUAUACGAAUUUUAUUAGUAAAGUUUUUAAAGCAACACGAUUAACCGAAUUCCGCUCAGUAGCGGUAUUUUGUAAUACCGUGCUUAACGGUGCUUAACGACAAAUUUCAAUCUAUUAAGCUAUCGAAAAUGUUGUUAUCGAAUAUUAUCAGUAAAAGCGAUUCUGUAUCAUAGAUAUUCGUUAGCCAAACAAAUAUUUGUGUUAAAACUGUCGAUAGUGAUACUAAAAUGUCGAUAACUUAAUACUCCCAUUUUGACCCCUCGAUAACACUUACCAACACGCGACGAUAGAUAAGAGGAAAAACAUGUAUCGUAUAAUCAUUUAUCGUUCCUACCUAUUUACAAUUUUGAUAAUAAUUUUUUUAUUCUUUCAAUUGUAAUUCGAGUAUUGUCUAUGACUUUUUUGUUUACAAUGAUUAAUCGUUGCCAACAAAUAACAGUAAAUAAACUAAGUUAUAUAUUAUAAUAUAAACUAUGCACCUGCAACAGUGGCAUACACAUCACUUUUUUGAAAUUCAUAACUCCCCCCCACCCCGGUUGCGACUUUGAGUUGAGGCCUACUCUCCUAUAUUAUACUAUACAUAUAGUAUAAUUUAUUUUAUAGUGGACAUAUUGAAAACUUCGUCUUUAAUCGUAUUAAUCAUAAAUCGUAAUAUUAUUUAACACCAAUUCUCUGAAUAUAUACAUAAUGCAUUUUGUACAUUAUACACAUAAUAUAUGUAAAGUAUAUACGUCGAAAUCAAUCUGUGUGUAAAAAAAAAUCAGUUCCGUGAGUUAAAAAAAAAACUCGUUUGUCACAAAAGAUUUUUCACUAAUCACAGACGUCGUAUUGUCUACCCCUUGUACGAUCUUUUUGAUCUCUCUACAACGCCACGCACCCUUUCUGUUCGUACCUAAACAACCCUCCUCACCAACACCAACCCCACCGUUACAUCCGUGACCGUAUUCGAUGACACCACUUAAACAUAUCGGAAUAAUGAAAAGCGCGUGCAAAAACACCGCACAAAAUCCGAAACUUUUAACAUUAUUAACUCUUGAAAAUUAACUCUCCAUACAGUAUACGUACUUCUAACACGAAAUAUAUAUGUAUACAUAAUAUAAACCUAAAGGAGUUAAAUCAAAAAAAUUAUUGAAAUGAAUAUAUUAUUAAAUACCUAUUUUGAAUUAUUUACCGAAAUCCUAUCAAUUAAUAAAUGCAAAUUGAUUGUAGGUAUUUUAAUUAUACGAUUAGCGGUUUCAAAUAUAAAUACGUAUAUACAGAAUGUCCAACGAAGAUAUGCCUAUUACAUUGUAAUAUCUUCCAAGAUAACAAAGAUAAUGAAAUUCUAUUUUAGAUUAGAUAAUUGUCAUCAAUUAGUUUAGUUUCUAUCAGUUUAAAACUUUAAAAAAUUCUAAUAAAUAGCAUUUUAUUAUUUGAUAUUUAGUAGUAGAAUUUUCAAGCACAGUGUCGAUAUUUUAUCGAAUUAUCGAAAUCAUUGACCAAAUCUAAUAAAACGUGAUAGUUGUCAAAGUUUAUUACUUUACAGUACUUAAACAAUAUGAGCAUUAAUUUUAAACUAUACUAGUUUAUAAAAUACGUAAUACGAAUUCAGCUCUUAUCAUUAAACAAAAUAAAUACAAUAAUAAAUAACAAAAUGUAAACACGGUCUUCUUUGAUAGGAAAAUUUGUCCAUCUUGUUGUUUAUAUAAUACAUGUCAUAUGUAUGCCUUUUAGGUUUUUACCUAUUACCAUUGAUUAUAAAUAUAGGUAUAAAUUAUAUGAAUAUAAAUAUAAUAUUUAUAACCAAUUCUAUUACCUAUACACACUCAAAACUGACAUAAUGUUGUUAUUAUUAUUAUUAUUAAAACUAUAAUCAGAGGGUUUCGGUUUCACAGAUAUGUGGGAAAGGUUUUCGGCAAGCGUCCACGCUGUGCCGGCACAAGAUCAUACACACAGAGGAGAAACCGCACACGUGCGCCAUUUGCGGCAAAGCGUUCAACAGGAGCUCGACGCUCAACACGCACACGCGAAUACACGCUGGAUACAAACCGUACACGUGUGAGUACUGCGGCAAAGGGUUCCACCAGAAGGGCAACUACAAGAACCACAAACUCACGCACAGCGUGGAAAAGGCGUACAAGUGUACCGUGUGCCACAAGGCGUUCCACCAGGUAUACGUGCACCCAGCUUAGAGAUUACCACGCAUAUAUCAUUUGGGACGUUUGACUAUAACAUAAUAUUAUCAUAGCAGACUCGAGGUAGACAAAAAACAAAUUUCGAAUGAUCAGAAUCUAAACAAAAAUAAUUCGCAUAUAAAUUAUAUACAAUUCGCCUUUAUCCCACUUUUAUUCUCACCUUGUCUACAGCUUGUUCAUCGCAAUUUAUUGUUCUACUACACAAUCUCUUAUAUCCCUGUAUAUAUUAUAACCACUCUUUAAUUGGCUUAUCGCUUCUUACAGAAUUCCAUCUACACACGACUCGCCUAUCUCAUCGCUUCUUCUUAUAUCCGCUUGGUGUGGAUGCCCAUACCGUAUCUUUAGCUACUUUCUCUCGUUUUCCCCGUAUAUAUUGCUAGUUUUUUUUUUUCAAAUAGGUAUAUUUUUACUUUUCUAGAAUAGAAUAUUAAAUAUCUUAGCAAGUUACUGAAUCAGUCAGAUAUUUGUCAAACUUAUUUUCUGUAAUAUGGUGCGUCUAUUUUGAACUGCGUUUAAUUUUAAUUUUGUUUUACGACCAACAGGUGUACAACCUGACUUUUCAUAUGCACACGCACAAUGACAAGAAACCGUUCACGUGUCACGUCUGUGGCAAAGGGUUUUGCCGAAACUUUGAUCUGAAGAAGCACUUACGGAAACUUCAUGACGCCCCUUAUCCACCGCAGGUGCAGUCCGGAAUUAGCCGUGAGCAUUUACAGAUCACCCGACCUGCACUUCCACAACCUCCGCCAACGCAACUGACGCCACUAACCGCACUUCCAUUACCUCCGCCACUACCACAUACGUCACACGUCCGGGGCCUACAGACCGCAUGCACCCCUUCACCAUCAUACUUGCAGACGGCGGUAAUCGCUGCCGGAUCCCUGCAGCCACGGAACGCCAUUUUGUUGCAGGACUGUUCCCGUUUGCAGCAGUACUGA